CCAGAGCCUGGCACAGGCUGAACUCGAAUACCCAGUGCUCUGGACCAGCCGCCUAGACAGACAGACAGACAGACAAACGGACAGGUGAAGCAAGAAGAUGGGGCUAGUCACUUACUUCAGCCUCUGCCUCCUCGGCUGCCUGACCUAUAACCCCUCGCUGGCAGCCCCCUCUCUCUCUGUAGAGGCACAGGCUAUGUCGUGUCCCACAGGCUGGUUCUCCUACCAUGACAGCUGCUAUCGAUUCUUCCACACAAAAAAAAACUGGAUGGAGGCUGAGGCUCAUUGCCAGCACCACAGCCACGGGGCCCAUCUCGCCUCCAUUCACAGUGCUGGAGAAAAUAAAAUGCUGGCCCAUUACAUCAAGAAGUACUACAAAGAGAACUGUGCCAUCUGGAUCGGACUCUCAGACCCUAUGGAGGUGAGUGCCCGGUGCCCGCUCUGCCUCGGGCAGCCCCUCCCCAGGCCCCUGGGCUCUGUGUCUCUGCUCACCUUCAUACUGCCUGUCUCAGAGCGUCCCCUUGUUGUGCUGGCCCAGAAAAAGGGGCUCUCCUGCUUCAAUCCCAUUCAAAUAGCAGCUAGAAUAGUCACCAAACUUCCAAACUGA